AACGUUCUGGCCGCUUCUCGGGAGACGGUGGCCAUUUCCUUCGCGUGUCGUCGGUGAGAGGAGCUCUGGUGGGUUGUGGCGUUCGGCUAUCAUGGCGGAAGUAAUUCAGGAACGUGUAGAGGAUCGACUUCCCGAAUUAGAACAGCUGGAGCGCACUGGACUCUUCAGUCAUGCGGAGAUUAAGGCAAUCAUUAGGAAGGCUUUAGAACUAGAAUACAGAAUACAGCGAAGAAGUCUUUUAAAGGAUGACUUUAUCAGAUAUGUUCAGUAUGAAAUUAAUCUUUUGGAUCUGAUUGAGAAAAGGAGAGCUCGCGUUGGAUAUACAUUUAAGAAGGAUGAGAUUGAGGAUCCUAUAAUACAUCGGAUACAGAGUGUCUUCCGACGUGCAUCAAUUAAGUGGAAAGAUGAUGUUCGACUUUGGCUGUCUUUUAUAGCCUUUUGUAGGAAGUGGGCUUCCAACGUUCACCUUAGCAAGAUAUUUUCUUCCUUGUUGGCCUUUCAUUCGAACAAGCCAGGUUUGUGGAUUUUGGCGGCCAAAUGGGAACUGGAAGACCGCAUUUCUUCAGAAAGUGCAAGACAGUUAUUUCUUCGGGCUCUGCGCUUUCACCCACGUUGCCCGAAACUUUAUGAAGAAUACUUUAGGAUGGAGCUGAUGCAUGCUGAAAAAUUGAGGAAGGAAAAGCAAGAGUUUGAAAAAGCCAACAUGGAUGUGGGGAGUCUCGAGCAUGCUGAAGAAAUCCUUACGGGCGAGUUGGCACGGAUCAUCUAUAAGAAUUCUACAAGUGUAAUUAAAAGUGCAAAAUUUCAUGUGUCACUGCUUUCAAUUGCACGGCUGUUUGACUUUGCCAAAGAUCUGCAAAGAGAAAUUUACAAUGACCUUAAGGCUCUGCACGCAGAUGACCCCGUCACUUGGAACUAUGUGGCCCGGCAAGAAUUAGUGAUUGAAUCACAGCCAGUAGAAGAGCUGCCUACAACCAAACAAGCCAAAGCGAAGGAGAUGGGCCGCCGGGAGGAGAGGUGCUGUGCUGUGUAUGAGGAGGCGGUAAAAACUGUGCCCACAGAGGCUAUGUGGAAGUGUUACAUGAACUUCUGCAUGGAGAGGUUUACUAAGAAGACAAGCAGUCGCCUCCUCAGAAAGAAGAGGCUGGAAAGAACCAUGGUUGCAUUCUGGAAGGCACAUGAGCUCAAACUUUUACCAGAAUUCCAGUACAGGCAGUUGAGCAAGUUGUUGCUGCAUCGCCAGUUGUUAAAGGAAUCCCUGGAGGUGGCAGAUGCUGGGGUGAAAUUGUUCAAAAAAUCAGUGGAGAUGUGGCAGGUGAAGCUGGAGGCCCUGAUUACGUCAGAGAGCCACGAGAUGUCCAAGGGUUUUGAGCAAGCCUUUGAGUACCUGAAACCUCAGAUUUGCCUUCUUCCAUUGUGGCUUACUUGGGCCCAGUGGAGUGAAGAUGCCGGAAAGCAAGAAGAAACUGAAGCAAUCUAUAAGAGAGCUAUCUUUGAUCUCCGAGGAGCUGACUCAGUCCCUGUGAAGGAAAUGUACCUGAAUUGGGCUUAUCGAAGUGGUGGUUACAAAAAGGCCAGAGAUGUGUUUAAAAGUUUACAGGAAAACCGUCCAUUUUCAGUUAAUUUUUUCAGGAAGAUGAUCCAGUUUGAGAAGGAACAAGAAUCCUGUAAGAUGGAGAACUUAAGAGAGUAUUAUGAGAGGGCUUUGAGAGAAUUUGGAACAAAAGAUUCUGAUCUCUGGAUGGAUUACAUCAAAGAAGAAUUGAACCACCCGCUUGGUAGACCUGAGAACUGCGGACAGAUCUAUUGGCGAGCCAUGAAAAUGCUGCAGGGAGAGUCAGUAGAGCAGUUUAUGACUCAACAUGCUUUGUAUCAAGCCGGCCGUUUGUGAAAAGAGGAAGAGCACAGUCACCUUUGUGAAAUAGUGCUAUAAGCCCUCCGGGCAGAUUUGUUUUAUGCAGUCAUCUGCAGUUUGCUGAGAGAGUGUCUGGUUUUGAGGCCUGGUUUAAUUUUGUUGACGUGUUAAUCUUGAAUUCCAGAAAAGAGAGCUGCUGUUUAAUGGCCAGAAGCCAGUUGUUGAGGCCAGACCUAUGGAGAUCCCCAAAUGUUUUUCGGAAUACAUGGAAACGAUGUAACUGAUCUUGUUUUACUACACCUUGUCAGGCUUGAGUAGCUCUAAUCUAGACCUCAGGUUCAGUUAAAAUGGAGAGGAAAAUACAGUUCUGUUUAUUUUCUCCUUAUAAAAGUAUAUGUGGUGUGCAUUUAGUGUAAAAGUAUGGAGGGGACAGUAAUGUUGCAGUCUUGUCAUCUGGACUUAAACUCACUGGUAUGAUUUCCUUUGUUAGAAUUGGAUUUAUACUGUUAGAUCAUUUAUUCAUUCGUUCAUUGAGUCCCUGUCGUGGGCAAGAAAGAAGACAAGCUUUUGGGAUGAAAGUGGGGGUUAAAGGAAUAGAGCUGAUGUCCUGAGUUGGUUGAAGCAGCAGAAUAGGAUGCUAGGUAUUGGGGAAAGUUGUCCUUUAAGAAGAUUAUAAGAAAUUACAAAAGUGUUUUUGUCUCUGGGACUGAUCCCAGAGACAAAUUUUGUUGACAUGUUAAUCUUGAAUUCCAGAAAAGAGAGAUGCUGUUUAAUGGCCAGAAGCCAGUUGUUGAGGCCAGACCUAUGGAGAUCCCCAAAUGUUUUUCAGAAUACAUGGAAACGAUGUAACUGAUCUUGUUUUACUACACCUUGUCAGGCUUGAGUAGCUCUAAUCUAGACCUCAGGUUCAGUUAAAAUGGAGAGGAAAAUACAGUUCUGUUUAUUUUCUCCUUAUAAAAGUAUAUGUGGUGUGCAUUUAGUGUAAAAGUAUGGAGGGGACAGUAAUGUUGCAGUCUUGUCAUCUGGACUUAAACUCACUGGUAUGAUUUCCUUUGUUAGAAUUGGAUUUAUAUUGUUAGAUCAUUUAUUCAUUCGUUCAUUGAGUCCCUGUCAUGGGCAAGAAAGAAGACAAGCUUUUGGGAUGGAAGUGGGGGUUAAAGGAAUAGAGCUGAUGUCCUGAGUUGGUUGAAGCAGCAGAAUAGGAUGCUAGGUAUUAGGGGGAAAGUUGUCCUUUAAGAAGAUUAUAAGAAAUUACAAAAGUGUUUUUGUCUCUGGGACUGAUCUGGAGAGAAAUGUUUGCACUGCAGAGACCCAGUAACAAGGAAAGGCAGGGGUAGGGAGGAGCUUAGAAAGAGAAGGGCUUCAGAGGCAAGGAUAGAGGGUAGCUUACAGCAGAGAUGGGCAUUUUUGGAGCAAAAGAAGCGGUUGUUUGAGUUGUAUAUCCUUCAACGUAACAUGAUGUUACUGGGAGAAGCAUUCAGUACAGUUUUACUUACAAUGUUUCACUUAAUAUUAUGUUGUUUUCCAUGUUAUUUCCAUGUUAUAAAUAGCCUUGAAAAUGUGAAAUAAAUCCAUAGCAUUCCAUUGAA